CAAAACACCAAGGUAGCUGAAGUCAAACAUGCACAAGUCCUACAAUCAGUGGAAUUUUAAUACGGACUUUAAUUACUUUGCUGGGAAUGAGUGCCACAACCUCACCAUCUCAUCCAGGAGAAAAAGAAAUACACUGUACAAAGAUUCCUGGAGCCUGAUUAACACCAAACAAAUAGGAACAAACCGUUCAGCAGAAACCGUUCACCCUGAGUCAACACUGAGAAGACUGGUGACUGAGGCAAAGAGCUGCUAACUAGACAAUUACCGGAGGUAACACUUGGUUUAGCAGAUACUUGCAUCUCCAAGGAGCUGAGACCAAGCUUCAUUUAACGAAGAUCAGAAAGGAGAUCUCUAGAUACAAAAACAAGAUUAGCUUUUGGGAGAAAGAUUAAAUCUGCCCAGCCCUCUAGAGGAACUCAAAGGAGGGAGUACUAUAUACCCAGACUGUCGCAGUAAAAUCUUCUCCACCGAGUGCCACCCCGAGAGUGGGACGAGGACACUCACUGCCAGAGAUUUCAACAAGGAAACCAAAUGGGUGAAGAAAGCUUGAGGAAAAGAAAAGGAGAGGACAAAGGACGAGAGGAUGGACAGUCCAUUCAGAGCCAGGAACCCCCAACGAUGAACCUCCAAAAACAGGUGGGCCUCAUCAGUGGAAUCUGUAUGAUCGUUGGUACAAUUAUUGGCUCAGGCAUCUUUGUUUCUCCAAAAUCAGUACUUGCCAAUGUUGGAGCUGUUGGUCCUUGUUUAACCAUCUGGGCAGCCUGUGGAAUUCUUGCAACAUUAGGUGCCCUUUGUUUUGCUGAGCUUGGCACAAUGAUCACAAAAUCUGGGGGAGAAUAUCCUUACCUGAUGGAGGCAUUUGGCCCAAUUCCAGCAUUUCUGUUUUCUUGGACAAGCUUACUCGUCACAAAGCCCAGUUCGUUUGCAAUCAUUUGCCUCAGCUUCGCGGAAUACGCAUCAGCUCCUUUUUACCCAGGCUGCGAUCCACCCCAGGUUGUCAUCAAGUGUCUGGCAGCAGCUGCAAUCGUGGUAAUUACAAUAGUGAAUUCACUGAGUGUGAAGCUGGGAAGCUAUCUCCAGAAUUUUCUCACGGCUGCUAAAAUGAUAAUCGUUACAAUCAUUAUUGUAAGUGGAAUUGUUCUCCUUGCACAAGGAAAAACCGAAAACUUCAAAGAUUCUUUCAAGGACAGUAAAAUUUCCGUUAGCUCUAUCAGCCUGGCAUUUUAUAAUGGACUCUGGGCAUAUGAUGGAUGGAAUCAACUCAAUUACAUCACAGAAGAACUUAAAAAUCCUUACAGAAAUCUACCGCUAUCUAUAAUUAUUGGAAUCCCCUUGGUUACAGUUUGUUACGUUCUGAUAAACAUUUCAUAUUUCACCGUAAUGACUUCAACAGAACUCCUGCAGUCCCAGGCAGUUGCUGUGACAUUCGGAGACAGAGUCCUUUAUCCAGCCUCUUGGAUAGUUCCCCUCUUUGUGGCCUUUUCUACAAUCGGAUCUGCCAAUGGGACCUGUUUUACUGCAGGCCGACUUGUUUAUGUUGCAGGUAGAGAAGGGCAUAUGCUAAAGCUGCUGUCUUACAUCAGUGUUAAGCGUUUAACACCAGCACCUGCUAUCAUAUUCUACGGGGCCAUUGCUAUUAUUUAUAUCAUUCCUGGUGACAUUAACACACUCAUAAAUUAUUUUAGUUUCGCAGUCUGGAUAUUUUAUGGUUUAACUGUACUUGCACUCAUUGUUAUGAGGUUUACAAGAAAGGAACUCAAGAGACCAAUCAGGAUACCCAUCAUCAUUCCAGUGAUAGUGACAUUAGUCUCCAUUUUACUGGUAUUGGCACCAAUCAUCAGCGCACCUGAACUGGCCUAUUUGUACUGUGUUUUAUUUAUACUUAGUGGACUUAUCGUUUAUGUACUUUUUGUUCAUUUUAAAUUCAACUGGCCCCAAAAAAUAUCAAAGCCCAUCACUAUGCACCUUCAGAUGCUUUUGGAAGUUGUUCCAGCAGAAGAAUAAAAUAUUUUGUAUGUACCAUGUUAUUUUUAAGUGCUAUGCUGGUUGAAGGAGAUUCAAUUUAGUUUGGCACACCUUUACACUUUCUAAACUGUUAUGUUCAUACUGGUGUAUUAUUUUUGCAACACUUUAGUACUUGAAAAAUGCUAAACAUGUAAGAAUAAAAGAUUUCUGAGCCAGAUUAGCAUCAA